CACAGUUGGAGCGCUCAGUAAGCCAAACUCAGCAGCCCAGAGGAAGAUGAAGAUGUGUGUGAUGCAGUGCUAUCUUGCCCUUCUGGGCUUUGCUCUUGUGCUGUGCAGUAGUGGAGCUUCCACCCAGCCGGACCUGGAGCGGAACCUGGAACUGGACCAGGGCCUAAGACAGCGCAAGCUUUUGCAAAGGGCCCGGGUGCUUGGCAUGGCUGCACAGGACUGGAGUAAGAGAGAGUUGGAGGACUUGCUAUCCCGGCUGACCCUGCCAGAGUCCAAGAUACGGGAGAGUGAAAUGUCUACGCUGGGGGCACAACAAGAUCUAAAAGUGGAACUGGAGCGCUCAGCAGAGAACUCCAUCAACAAUGCCCCUCGAGAGCAAAAACCAGGCUGUACGGACUUCUACUGGAAAGGAUUUCUUUCCUGUUGAAGCCCCGCCUAUUUGGUCACAUGACAUGACAUUGCCAUUUGGGCGGCUCAUUCUGAAUGUCCAGCCCAAACAAUGAGCAAUAAGGUCAAA